AUGCUAUCUUCCGAACAGACUAUCGAGUGGGAACAGAAAUAUUCUGCACACAACUACCACCCGCUGCCAGUGGUUUUCCACAAGGCCAGUGGCGCACACGUUUGGGACCCAGAGGGCAGAGAGUAUCUCGAUUUCCUGUCUGCUUACUCCGCAGUAAACCAGGGUCACUGCCACCCGAAGAUCGUCGGGGCGCUAGUCGAGCAGGCGCAACUGUUAACGCUGUCGUCCCGUGCAUUCCACAGUGAUGCGUUUGCAGAGUUCGCCAAAUACGUCACAGAGUACUUCCAGUACGAUAUGGUUCUGCCCAUGAACACCGGUGCUGAGGCAGUGGAGACGGCUUUGAAAUUGGCCCGUAGGUGGGGGUACGAAGUGAAGGGGAUCCCCGAGAACGAGGCUAUGGUGUUGGGUGCCCAGGGGAACUUCCAUGGGAGAACUUUCGGUGCAAUCUCUCUGUCCACCGACGCAGAGGAUUCGCGCAAGAAUUUCGGGCCGUUCUUGGCAAACACCUCGGCGGUGUCCCCCCAUUCAAACGCCCCGAUCAGGUACGGUGUCAUCGAGGACUUGCAAUUGGCGUUCGAACAUCAAGGUGGGAAGCUCGCCGCAGUGAUCUUGGAACCGAUCCAGGGGGAGGCAGGGAUCGUCGUGCCACCGGAGGGUUACUUGUCCCAGGUGCAACAGCUGUGUCGCAAACACAACGUUUUGUUCAUCUGUGACGAGAUUCAAACGGGGAUUGGCCGCACGGGGAAACUGCUUUGUUCGGAACACUCCCCUGGCGUGAAACCAGACAUCGUUCUAUUGGGGAAAGCCUUGUCAGGCGGUGUCGUCCCCUGCAGUGCAGUAUUGGCAUCCCGGGAAAUCAUGCUCUGUUUUGCUCCAGGGUCUCACGGGUCCACUUUUGGUGGGAACCCAUUGGCGUCAAAAGUCGCCGUCGCUGCGUUGCAAGUGAUCAAGGACGAGAAACUAGUGGAACGUGCCGCGGAACUCGGGGAGUUGCUCCUGGGGGAGCUCCGCAGACUGCAAGAACUCUCAGGAGGCGUUAUCGCAGAGGUCCGUGGUGUUGGGCUUCUCACUGCCAUUGUCAUUGAUCAAACACGUACAAAGGGGAAAACCGCUUGGGACUUGUGUCUUGCGAUGCGCGAACACGGUGUCCUAGCCAAACCAACCCACGACAACAUCAUCAGACUCGCUCCACCGCUCGUCAUUUCCAAGGAGGACCUCCUUCGCGGUUGUAAAGCCAUCGAGGCGGCCCUCAACACUCUCUAG